AUGCCUCUAUACCCAACGGCAGUUUCGGAGCCAGAACUUGGAAUUGCAUCAAGUUCCGACGUAACAACUAUUAGAGAAACACAGGUGUCGAACGCAAUGACUCCUAAUCAAAGCCCAUCCUUGAUCAAAAUGGUGGAGGAGAAAGACGAGGCCAUGGUGAUGUCCCCAAAGGAAAUCAAACUGCCGGAACAGCGCGGCACAGAGAUGACACGCGAAUUCCAGUACAAACACGCGUCGACAUACCGCAAGAUCUUUGCGUUUAUCUUCAUCGCCAACGCAUCCGUGUUCAUCGCGCUCAUGGUGACAUCUCGAGCAAUGCCUCUGUCUAGGGACGCUGCGAGUGCGGCCUCGGCAAACCUCAUGGUCUGCAUCCUAUUUCGCCAGGAAGAAUUUGUCAAUCUUUGCUACGAAAUCGCCAUACUCGCUCCGCAUUCUUGGCCGUUGAGCAUCCGGAAACGCCUGGCCAAGGUGUUCCACUAUGGAGGCUUUCACAGUGGUGCCGGAGUCGCUGCUACCGCCUGGUAUCUAACUUACACCAUCCUGGCAACGCAAGAGUGGGCUGAGGAUAGGAAAGAGUACAGACUCGUCAACAUGAUCACUGGUUGGGUCGUGGUCACCAUGUUCUUCAUCAUUCUUGUCGCAGCUUACCCAAGCAUCCGAAGGAAGUUCCAUGACCAUUUCGAGGCCUUUCACCGUUUCGCUGGUUGGAUCUCUUUACUCUCAUUCUGGGUGCACAACAUUGUCUCUGCUCGAGUUUCCGCACACGAGUGGGACAAGUCUAUCUCUUACGCUUUGGUCCGGUCUCCCAACUUCUGGUGCCUCUGCGUCACAACUUCAUGUACAGUGGCCUCUUGGUCCCGAUUGCGCCGCCGCGUGGUAUAUCCCGAGAAGCUGAGUGACCACGCCACACGCCUUCACUUCAAAUACCGAGGCAUGAAGCCAUUCUACGGUCUCAAGAUCAGUGAUAAGCCUUUGACUGAGUGGCACGCCUUUGCUACCAUCCCCGACAUCGAGCCUGAGUCUGGUAAAGUCAACGGCUUCAGUGUUGUCGUUUCCAAUGCUGGAGACUUCACCAAGAAGCAGAUUAUGAACGCGGAUGAGCGAAAGCUCUGGGUUCGUGGAGCACCUCUUCAUGGGCUGCUUUACACCACAAGACUAUUCCGAAGAAUUGUCAUCGUCGCUACCGGAUCUGGUAUCGGACCCUGUCUAUCUCUGCUAUACGCCGACGUGACACCGCGUCGUGUCCUCUGGUCUACUCGCGACCCUGAAAAGACAUACGGGCCAACUGUAGUAAGCGCGGUGCAGCGGGCAGACCCAAAUGCAGUCAUCUGGAACACGACGACUCGAGGAUAUCCAGAUAUUGUUCUCGAGACUUACAAGCUAGUGGUAGAGUCAGAUGCAGAGGCAGUUUACAUCAUUUCGAACCCUAAGGUCACUGAAAAAGUCGUGUUCGGGAUGCGAAGUCGGGGGGUAGUAGCUUACGGAGCCAUUUUUGACUCUUGA